GUGGGACGGGACGGCACCGCCCCGCCCCGCCCCGCCUGUGCCCGGGGCGCCGGGGGCCAUGAGCUCUGCCGGGCGAGCCCCGGCGGGCCCUGGCAGUACCCCUCGCCUUUCCCCGCCCACCCCCGGCGCCGGGCGGUGCCUCCCCGGGCCGAACCGGGCAGGGGGGGCUCGCCCCCACACACCUGCCGGGGCGGGGCGGCCGCGGGGGCGCGGCGCAUGCGCGGAGGCACCGUGACCCGGCUGGGGAAGCGCGGCGGUGCCAUUUUGGCGGCGGCACCGCGGCCCGAGCGGGGACCACGUGAGCGCGCCCGGGGCUGGCGCGGCGGGCCCGGCGCUGCACGGCCGGGACGGGCCGGCGAGGGCCGCGAGGGGCCGCGCUCGCGGCCGCGCCCGGGGGGCGGCCAGGCCAGCGGAGGUGAGGCGGCGGUAGCGGCCGCCGCGCUCCGGCGGGGAGGCUCCCGGCAGCGGCGGCCGAGCGGCGAGCGGGGACGGGACGCGGGCCCGCCCGCCCACCCGCCUCCCAGGAGCGCCUCGGCGGAAGCGGGAGCGGCGGGGAGGAUGCCGUCCGUCAGCCUGCCGCCCAAGGAGAACGCGCUCUUCAAGCGCAUCCUGAGGUGUUAUGAACAUAAACAGUAUAGAAAUGGACUGAAGUUCUGUAAACAGAUCCUUUCCAACCCGAAGUUUGCAGAACAUGGAGAAACCUUGGCAAUGAAAGGACUAACAUUGAACUGUCUAGGGAAGAAAGAGGAAGCUUAUGAACUUGUGCGUAGAGGCCUAAGGAAUGACUUGAAGAGUCAUGUCUGUUGGCAUGUCUAUGGCCUUCUUCAGAGGUCAGACAAGAAGUAUGAUGAAGCUAUCAAAUGCUAUAGAAAUGCACUGAAAUGGGACAAAGACAAUCUUCAAAUCUUGAGAGAUCUUUCUCUGCUACAGAUUCAAAUGAGGGAUCUUGAAGGUUACAGGGAAACGAGAUACCAGUUGCUCCAACUCCGACCUGCACAGCGAGCAUCAUGGAUUGGUUAUGCCAUCGCUUACCAUCUGCUGGAAGACUAUGAAAUGGCAGCAAAAAUUUUAGAGGAAUUCAGGAAGACACAGCAGACAUCACCUGAUAAAGUGGACUAUGAGUACAGUGAGCUGCUGCUCUAUCAAAAUCAAGUCCUCCGGGAGGCAGGACUAUAUAAAGAAGCUUUGGAGCAUCUUUGUACCUAUGAAAAGCAGAUUUGUGAUAAACUGGCUGUCGAGGAAACUAAAGGAGAACUCCUGCUUCAGCUUGGCAGACUUGAAGAAGCAGUUGAAGUCUACAAAGGACUGCAAGAAAGAAAUCCUGAAAACUGGGCUUACUACAAAGGCCUAGAAAAGGCACUUAAACCAGCUAAUAUGAUGGAGAGGCUAAAGAUCUAUGAAGAGGCCUGGACUAAAUACCCAAGGGGACUAGUUCCAAGAAGAUUACCAUUAAACUUUUUGUCUGGUGAAAAGUUUAAGGAAUGUCUGGACAAGUUUCUAAGGAUGAAUUUCAGCAAAGGUUGCCCACCAGUCUUCAAUACUUUGAGGUCAUUAUAUAAAGACAAGGAGAAGGUGGCAAUCAUAGAAGAGCUCGUGAUAGGUUAUGAAACCUCUCUAAGAAGCUGCAGGUUAUUUAACCCAAAUGAUGAUGGUAAAGAAGAACCUCCAACCACUUUACUCUGGGUCCAGUAUUAUUUGGCUCAACAUUAUGAUAAAAUUGGACAACCGUCCCUGGCUCUAGAAUAUAUAAAUGCUGCUAUAGAAAGUACUCCCACUUUGAUAGAACUCUUCCUUGUGAAGGCAAAAAUCUAUAAGCAUGCUGGAAAUAUUAAAGAAGCUGCAAGGUGGAUGGAUGAGGCUCAGGCUUUGGACACAGCAGACAGAUUUAUCAACUCCAAAUGUGCAAAAUACAUGUUGAAAGCAAACUCCAUUAAAGAAGCAGAAGAAAUGUGUUCUAAGUUUACACGGGAAGGAACCUCGGCAGUAGAGAACUUGAAUGAAAUGCAGUGCAUGUGGUUUCAGACAGAGUGUGCACAAGCUUACAAGGCGAUGAACAAAUUCGGAGAAGCACUUAAAAAAUGCCACGAAAUUGAGAGACAUUUUGUAGAAAUCACGGACGACCAGUUUGACUUCCACACUUACUGUAUGAGGAAGAUCACCCUUAGGUCUUAUGUGGACUUGUUAAAACUAGAAGAUGUGCUUCGACAGCAUCCGUUCUACUUCAAAGCAGCACGAAUUGCCAUAGAGAUAUAUUUGAAACUUCAUGAUAAUCCCUUAACAGAUGAAAAUAAAGAACACGAGGCUGAUACAGCUAAUAUGUCUGACAAGGAGCUAAAGAAGCUACGAAAUAAGCAGAGAAGAGCACAGAAGAAAGCCCAGCUGGAGGAGGAGAAGAAGAAUGCUGAGAAGGAGAAGCAACAGAGGAAUCAGAAAAAGAAGAAAGAUGAUGAUGAUGAAGAAAUUGGAGGACCUAAAGAAGAACUUAUCCCCGAGAAACUGGCAAAGGUUGAAGCACCUUUGGAAGAAGCCAUUAAAUUUUUAACCCCCCUGAAGAAUUUAGUGAAGAACAAAAUAGAGACGCAUCUUUUUGCCUUUGAGAUUUAUUUUCGAAAAGAGAAGUUCCUUCUGAUGCUUCAGUCUGUGAAGAGAGCCUUUGCUAUUGAUUCUAGUCAUCCUUGGCUUCACGAGUGUAUGAUUCAUCUCUUCAGCAGUGUAUCUGAAAGUAAGGAUCUGCCUGAUGCUGUUAGAACAGUGUUAAACCAAGAAAUGAAUCGGCUUUUUGGAGCAACUAAUCCAAAGAACUUCAAUGAAGCUUUUCUUAAAAAGAAUUAUGACUCACUGCCACAUAGGUUAUCAGCUGCCAAAAUGAUGUACUAUUUAGAUCCUUCCAGUCAGAAAAGGGCAGUGGAGCUGGCAAUGACCCUGGAUGAAUCCCUUAUUAACAGAAAUCUUCAGACUUGUAUGGAGGUAUUAGAAGCUUUAUGUGACGGUAGCCUUGGAGACUGUAAAGAAGCAUCUGAAACUUACAGAGCAAAUUGUCAUAAGCUUUUCCCUUAUGCUUUGGCUUUCAUGCCCCCUGGAUAUGAAGAGGAUAUGAAGAUCACAGUUAAUGGAGAUAGCUCUGCAGAACCUGAAGAACUGGCCAAUGAAAUAUGAACAACUUUAUUGGAAAAAAAUGACGUUGGACCAUAUCUGGUGUAUAAUAUUUUUGUCACGCACCUGCUGAAUUGUUCUAACUUACACAAAAGAACAGAAGGAGAAAAAAAAACCAACCUGGUUGCCUUCAAAUAGUUUUACUUUUUUUUUUAUCCUGCUGACAAAUAUAUAUAUAAAAUAUCUAACAUAUUACUGGUUAUAGGUUGUUCGGUUUCUUAAAAAUUAAAAGCUGCUAAAAUUGAAAAAGGAAAAAAAAAAAAAAACCCUUCUCCCUACCUACCUACCCACCCAUGUUUUUAAACUAAUUUAUAUGAGACCUGAAGGGGUAUGUGUCCCUCAGAGCAGGUGUGUGGCAGAAAUAUUAACUUUAAAUUUGUCUUGUGAGAUUACUGUUAUCUCAGACAGCAAAACUGCUGUUUUAGCACUGGAUUCUUUCACUGAGCACAAAGAGUUGAUGGGGCUUUAGCAUCUGACUGAUUUUGAUACGGGGGAUGAUUGUGUCCAUAGGAAGUAUGCAAUGCGAAUCAGAAUAUACAGAGAAACCUGCAACAUACGUGCUGUGUUGGGGGUGCUUGGACAUACAGGAUAUCAAGCAGAAUUAAGAAACAUAGUGUGUUCAAUAAGCUUGUUGUGUCUCUGAAAUUCACUGUACACGAUCGGUUUGAUGUUCUUGCACCACAGUUUUUAACUGAAGGAACCAGUUAAAACGGUCUCUCUUGGGAUUAAACUUGGGGGGGGCAGGGGGAGAGGGAGGAAUCAACGUUGCUGUUCUUGAGAUGAACUUGUCAGCGUGGGUUGGCCAAACUUUUUAAAACUGUAAUGCAAGAACCAAAUAAAAAUUAUGCACUGUGAUGUGGCACCAACUAAUUAGAAAGAUCGCAUGCAUUUUUCACGUAGAGUGAAAACAAAAUGAGAACAUACUAUGGCUUGAAGUUGCAAAGAGGAAAACUCCUGACUACCAUUUUGACUGAUCAAGAGACUAAUAGAUUAAAACCUCAGCAGGCCUUGUUCAUGUUAUGCAGAAAAAAAAAAAAAUAAAAAAGUGCUGCAGUUUAGAUACCUCUGGAACUUUUCCACAGUGUCACAGGUUUGUAAUACUUGAAGCCCUACAUUUCUUAAGAAUAUAUUUCUUGCUCAGUUGUUUCAGGCAAGCCCAAGACUUUGUAACUUUUAAGGGGCCCAAAAUUUUUUUUCAAUAACAGACCAGCUUCUUAUUCCUGCAGUUACAAAUGUAAUUUCCUUUGUCAAACAUAAGGUACCAAAUAUAAUGCAAUAAAAUGUUUUGAAAAACAA